UCGUAUGUUUGAACCUCUAUUUGUAUUAGUGUUGUUUAUUAUAAGAGGCUAAUAGUAUAUUUGUGUCAUGUUAGUGAGAUAUUGUUUAAUUACUUACAAGUAUGAGUUUUUCGUAUGAACAUCCAGUUUUAAGAAAAGAAGACAUGCUCAAAGAAAAGAAGCCUGCAUUUCAAACGCAACGAACGAAUUUGACUCAAAAGGCUUCAAAUCCUGAGUACAAGUAUAUUGAACGAGAUGCAGUUGGUUAUUCUUUCGCAGAUAGGAUAGAAGAAACUGACGAGCUCCGUCUGGUCCUGUUUGGAACUAAACAAAGUGGUAAAAGCUCGACAGGAGACAUGAUAUUAGGAGAAGCUAAAUUUCCAUCGCAAUGUUUAACAAAAAGCAACACAUCGAUAAAUAUUCUUCAUAGAACAAUUAGGUGUGGGAAAACAAUUAAAAUCGUAAAAACUCCUGGAUUUAGAAUCGGUGAAUUGGCGAGGGAAGACGUCAAGGUAAACGUUGUGAAAAAUAUCAACACAGUAACCCAACAACUCGGAGAGGAACCUCAUGCAUAUCUGUAUAUCAUUUCAUCAAAAACCAAUUUAGAUCAAGAGACAAGAGUGAUCGAUCUCAUAUACCGAAGAUUGCGAAAAUUAAUAGAUAAAAUAAUUAUAGUCUUUACAGGGUUUGAUUUUCUGCAACCUAAAGGGUUGUCGCGCUUUAAGUACCUUGAAAGUCUGCCAGACAAAUUUAAGACUUUUGUUGCAGACUGUAAUGGUGAAAGCAGAAUAAUAUUUUUUGAUAAUAGCAGACUUUUUAAUGAAGCUUUGGCACAUACGCAAGUAUCAAAACUUAUCAAAAUCGUCGAGACUCUAAAAUAAUAUAGGUGUAAUAUGCAAAUCUAGAUAAUGUUAAUUCAGUCACUGACAGUUUUACUCACCUGAAUUACCAUUAUUCUAACUUGUUUCUGUUAAGUGAAAAUAAUAAUAAAUUGUAGCGUAUUGUUCAAGGAAGGGUCUUUGUCUAUCCCUUGUACAGCAACGCCACCAUGUCCAUUUCACGAAUAUUUCAAAAAAAAAUUUAAAUGAUGUCAUGUGAGGCGGAAUUUGCCCCGCCCACACUUAAAACAGAAAAAUAGUGCAUGAGUAUAGUUUACAUUAGAUUUUUUAAAGAAAAUGUAAUUACUGACAAAAGAAUAAAGGAUUUUCUGUUUUGA